AUUUCCUAUUUUUCGUGUUGAAAAUUGCAUCGGGAAUCGUAAAUAAGAAGAGUUAUCACGAGUAACUACGAGACCACCAAUAACGACAGCUUUGUUUUCUUUUUGAGUUCCAACUAUACAGAAGAUAAUAAUAUUUAUUCGAUAAUAAUCACAGAUAGUACAUUGAAAGAUGACAAAAGUUAAAGCAUUACUUGCUUUGAUUCUAUUAUUGGCCAGAAAUUCAAGAACACUUCCUCUCGAAGAUGAAAGUUCGAAGGAAGAUGGAAAAAUGGAUGAGGAACUACCGGAAGCUUCAUAUCGUUUAAGUAACAAAGUGAUACCUAUACACUACGAUAUCAAAUUAAUACCGUAUUUGGAUGAGGAUAAUUUCACCUUUGACGGUGAGACAAACGUCCGUUUUAAUCUACAAAAUGUGACACAGACUUUGGAUUUCCACGCUAAAGAAUUAACAUUCGAUGAGACUGAUACGUAUGUAGAAGGCGAAGAUGGUCAGAAAUACAAGCCGAUCGUAUUCACGUACGACAACGCAACAGAAAUCAUGACGAUAAGUUUUGAAAAAUGUAUGCAAAAAGGUUUGUACACAUUCCACGUCAAGUUCACGGGUAUUCUUAACGAUGAAUUGUCAGGAUUUUACAGGAGCUCUUACACGAAUGAUAAUGGCAAAAGAGUAUGGCUAGCAACAACACAAUUCCAAGCGACGUCCGCUCGACGAGCUUUUCCAUGUUGGGACGAGCCCUCUUUGAAAGCGACGUUCAACGUUUCCAUAAAACAUCAAACAAAUUACACAGCCCUCUCGAAUAUGCCGGUUUACGAACAAUCGAUGAUAGACGAAAAUGAUGGAAAAGUCUGGACACAUUUUCAAAAGACUCCCGUUAUGUCCACUUACAUCCUAGCUUUCGUGGUAUCAGAUUUUGUUAAAAUUUCGAAUAUUGAUGGUACAAUUAAUGUUUGGUCGAGAAAAGACGUAAUUCCUUUGAUUAACUUCGGUUAUGAGGUCAUUCAAAAAGCUGUUGUCCUUCUCGAAGAAUACACGAAUAGUACGGUGCGUGUACCAAAAAUGGAUCACGUCCUUAUUCCUAAUUUUCUUCAUGGAGCCAUGGAGAACUGGGGUCUCGUAACUUACUUGGAAGAUUAUUUCCUAUACAAUCCGAAUAAAAAUUCUCUGAAAGAAAAAACUUGGACAGCGAUGGUCAUUAGUCACGAAUUAACGCAUCAAUGGUUCGGUAAUGUUGUUAGUCCUACUUGGUGGGAUCACGUUUGGUUAAACGAGGGCUUCGCAUCGUUUUUUCAAUAUUAUAUUACCGAUAAGAUCUUUCCACAUUGGAAAUUGAUGCAAUCAUUCGCGUCUAGUAUGCAACAAAAUAGCUUUAGCAUCGAUGUACAUCCCAACGACAAGCCCAUCGGUUGGAAUGUGAGUAAACCUAAGGAUAUCGAGGAUCUUUUCUCCAGUGUACAAUAUAUGAAGACGCCGUCUUUAUUGCGUAUGUUAUUGCAUGUUGUCACUGACGAAGUGUUUCAUACCAGUCUCAUUAAAUAUCUUCAAAAAUAUCAGUACAGUAACGCUCUGCCCGACGAUUUAUGGUAUCAAAUUCAAAAUGGUGUAGAUGAGACACCAGAAAUACCACGCGGCAAAUUUCGCGUAAAAGAAAUGAUGGAUACUUGGAUAUAUCAAAGUAGUUAUCCUCUCGUAACAGUAGAUAGAAAUUAUAUCACUGGCGAGGUAACGAUCACUCAAGAUAUUAUUAAACAUCACUUUAGUACCAACAAUGUGACUUCGACUGACAAAAAUGAUAUAAGUAAGCGCAAUAAAUGGUGGAUACCUAUAAAUUAUGCAACAAGAACAAAUACCAACUUUUCAUCUACGCUACCUGUUUACUGGUUGAAUCCAACGAACGAUAGCAUUACUAUCAAUGGUAUCGAUACUGAUGAUUGGAUAUUAUUAAACGUACAACAAACUGGACAUUAUCGCGUUAAUUACGACAAUGCAAAUUGGAUAAAGUUGGCUAACUAUCUAAACUCACCUGACUACGAAAAGAUACACGUUAUUAAUCGGGCACAAAUCAUUCAAGACUCUUAUAACAUGUUCAUUACAAAGAAGAUAAAUUUAACGAUAUUCUUAGAGUUGUUUAAUUAUUUAUCACAUGAAGUGGAUUAUAUCGUAUGGUGUCCUAUCUUUGAUAUAUUUAUUAAAUAUGUGGGAAGUUUGUUAGAAACCACCGAAGGUAUCGAACUUAUUCAGCCAUAUAUUCUGAACUUAAUGAAUAAAGUUAUAGACAGUGUAGGUUUUGAUAUUGAUCCUGACGAUGAUUAUAUAACUCAAUUGACAAAAAUUGACAUUAGAAAAUGGGCUUGUCAUUUUGAUCAUAUCGGAUGCAUAAUAAAAGCCAAUGCCGAAUUGAUGGCAUAUUUAGAGUCUUCUAAUGAAAGCGAUUAUCCUUUAUAUUUGAAAGAAUGGAUUUAUUGCUAUGGAAUGAAUAAUGUAAACGAAUCGACAUGGAAUAAGUUAUUAGAUAUAUACGUGAACGAUACUAUGUCGAUUGGACGUUCUUUGGCUUGUAUCAAAAAUAUGACUCUCAUUGAAAAGUAUUUGAAUAUGACUAUAGCGGAAAAUUCGUCUUUCACUUCGGAAAAUUUAUGCGAUAUUUUUAUAUCUGUAUUUUAUAAAGGAUCAUAUAUAACAGAUUUAAUGACUGAUUUUGUUAUAAAAUAUUGGGACGUAUUGAAUUCUCGUUCAGAUUUACAAACUCUGUCUAAGUUUAUGAUAAUAACAGCUACAAGCAAAAAUAAGUUACAAGAGGUAAAAUCGUUUUUGGAAAAAAAAGAAAGAAUACUUAAAGAAGAGAAUAUGACGAAAUUAAUAAAGAAAAGAGAACAAACUCUUACAACUUAUGAGCAAAUAUUAGAUGAGUUUCGUGCAUGGCGUAAAAGUAAAGAAAAUAUAAAUUCAUUUUCCCUUUCAUCGACAAAUCAUAAAAAUGUUACGAUUGAAAGCGAUACGAUUGUUUAUCGAUUACCGACGAAUAUUGUACCAAUACAUUACGAUUUGAAAUUGGAAUCAAAUAUCAUGGUGGGUGAUUUUAAUUUUACCGGUGAAAUAGACAUUAAGAUCGAGGUUCGAGAGCCUACGAAGUUAGUAUUGUUAAAUUGGAAGAAUCUUACGAUAAAUGAAAUGCAGAGCCAUUUGGAAAAGGACAAUGGCGAAUCACUUUCACCGAAGGAGCAUCGUUACGAAUCGUAUAGAGAAAUGUUAACGCUCGUUUUUGACAAAAUCAUCGAUCCUGCUGUUUACACUUUACAUUUGAAAUUCUCAGGCGUUCUUUCGACAGACUUAUAUGGCUUUUUCCGAUCCUCUUACAUUAACGAGAACGGUGAUACAACGUGGUUUGCGGUAACUCAUUUUCAACCUAUAAGUGCACGUCGUGCUUUUCCCUGCUGGGACGAACCAGCAUUUAAAGCAACUUUUAACAUUUCCCUGAAACAUCAUGCCAAUUAUACGGCCCUUUCAAAUAUGCCAGUAUUCGAACGAUCGUUUACUGACGAAAGUAAUAAUACAGUAUGGACUCGUUUCGAGAAGACUCCGAUUAUGGCAACCAAUAUCUUAGCCUUUAUAAUUUCCGACUUCGAACAUAUUUCUAUACCCGAAAGAAACAUUAAGAUUUGGGCAAGGAAAUCAGUCAUUCCAUCGAUAUAUUUUUUACUCGAAGUCAUUCAGAAAAUAGAUGACGAAUUGAACAAAUACAUGCCAAAUUUUAUAAUGGUACCCAAAAUUGAUCAUGUUGCUCUUCCUUAUUAUAGUAGCCAGGGCACGGAAAAUUGGGGUCUUAUCACGUAUAGAGAAAAAUCACUCGUGUAUAAAAAGAACGAAACUACCAUAGAUGAAAUGGAUAGAAUCCUGAUGCUAAUUGCUCAUGAAUUGGCGCAUCAGUGGUUUGGUAAUCUGGUUGGUCCACGCUGGUGGAAAUACAUGUGGAUGAGCGAAGGUUUUGCCGCGUACUUUCAAUAUUACAUAACGGACAAGGCUUUCAAUGACACACGAAUGAUGGAUAAAUUCCUCUUAGAAGCUAUGCAAGAGAUUGCCUUCCACGUGGAUACCUGUCCGGAUCAAUCUCCGAUGAAUAACAAUGUUAGUAGACCUUCGGACAUUCCUUACAUCUAUUCCCUUAUCACUUAUCGUAAAGCACCAAUUGUUUUACGAAUGUUGUCGCAUUGUAUAUCUAAGGAAAUUUUCAAGGCCGGUCUUCUCAAAUAUAUUUCUGAAAAUAAAUACAAUACCACUGUACCAGACGACUUAUGGCGAUCCUUGCAAGUUGUUCUGAACCAGUCAAAUGUGCCACACGAGGAUUUCGAAAUAAAAACGAUGAUGGAUACUUGGACGGAACAAGAAGGAUAUCCUACAAUUGUCGUGAAUCGAGAUUACGAUACCGGUACAGUGCAAGUGCGACAAUUUAGUAGUAAGUCAUCAUCACCAUCUAAUCAAGUGUGUUAUAACAAAUGGUGGGUCCCUUUGAAUUUUGCAACCCAAACUAAUCCUGAUUUUUCAUCCACUUUACCGACACACUGGUUGAAUCCAUCGGAGGAUACGAAGACGAUCAAAAGUUUGCCUACGGAUGGUUGGAUUAUUUUUAAUAUUCAACAAACUGGUUAUUAUCGCGUGCACUACGAUCAAGAAAACUGGAAGAGAAUAGCACGAUAUUUAAAUUCCGAUGAUUACAAGAAUAUACACGUUUUAAAUCGCAUUCAAAUAAUUGAUGAUGCAUUUAACAGCAUGAAUUAUUAUAUUGAAACUCCCAGAACUGCCGCUAUUCUCAAGCCAUAUUUACAACGUCUUCUUAAUGAUAAAUUAAAAGAUAUGGAUUACAAUGAUAAUCCGGAAGAAGAUUCUUGGUCGAGAAGAAUGAAACAGAUUAUUAAACAUAUCGCUUGUAAAAUCGACGUUCCUGAAUGUUACGGAAAUGCCACUACUCAAUUAGUUGAAUAUCUUAAAAAUCCAAAAUCAAUAAUUAUACAACCAGAUUCACAAAAAUGGGUUUUCUGUUCUGGAUUACGAAAUGCGAACGAGUCUGUAUGGAAUGGAGUUUUAAAUAAUUACGUGAAAGAUCGAAAAAGACAAUUGUUAACAUAUCUCACGUGCUCGGAGAACCGGACUAUUUUAAAUAACUACUUGGUUAUGACCUUUUCUGAAGAUUCUCCAAUCUCUAAAUCUGAUAUUGAAACUGUAUUAAACGAUAUGAUGAUUAAAUCGGAGAUCAGCUUUGAUACACUGGUGGAUUUCAUUAUUGUCACGAUGUUUACAGUUGAUGAUGAUAAUCAGAAAGCCAAUCGAUACAAGCCGGAGAAAAUUAAUUAUCGUCUGCCGGAUGCCGUACGGCCGACGCAUUACAAUAUCAAGUUGACAUCAACCUUUUCAAUCUUUGACGGCGAAAUAUGUAUUGAUCUUGAAGUUCGGAAAUCAACGUUCGAUAUAACAUUGCAUUGUAAACAAAUCGUCGUAGACAAAACUACGACGAUGUUGACAAAUUCUAAAAACGAACGUUUAUUUCCGAUAGAGCAAAAUUACGUUGAUGAAAAAGAAUUUUUCAUAAUUCGUUUUACAAAUGCUUUACAACCAGAUUGUUACAAGCUUCAUUUCAAGUUUAACGGCUUUAUCGACAAUGAUAAUCACGGUUUUAAUAGGAGAGUUUGUAGUGAAAGACAAGAUAGCUGCACACGAUAUGCUGUGACGAAUUUUAAAACGAUCUUUGCACGUCGUGCUUUUCCCUGCUUCGAUGAACCUGAUAUGAAAGCAACGUUUUCCAUUUCCAUAAAGCAUCAAGCAUUAUACAUCGUUCUUUCGAAUAUGCCGAUCAAAGAACGAUCACUGAUCGACGAAGAGGGAAAUAUAUGGACACAUUUUCAAAAAACGCCGAUUAUGUCCACGUACUUGUUAGGUAUCGUUUUAUUACCACACAAUAGUACAUGCAUUUCUAAUCACGAUGGUACGGUUAAUGUUUGGUGUAGAAAAAAUUGGUCUCAAGUUGCUAAACUGAUUCAUGAAGUAACGGAAAAGACAAAAAUUCAGCUUGAAAAUUACACCGGUAUUAUCAAACCAAUACCAAAGAUAGAUCACGUAUUGAUUUCCAAUCAUUCAAGUGUAUCUUCAGAAAAUUGGGGUCUUAUCGUUUACAACGAAAACGAUGUAACGUAUGUGGAGGAUCCUUCGGAUACGUAUAAUGUAGAAACCGUAACCAGACUUGUAGCGCACGAUUUAGUUCAUCAAUGGUUUGGAAAUCUAGUCGGUCCUUCCUGGUGGGAUCAUUUAUGGUUAAAUGAAGCUUUUGCUCAUUAUUUUCAGUAUUACUUUGUUGAUAAGAUAUAUCAAGAGUCGAGAGUGUUAGAUAUAUUUGUAGUGGCUGUUCAACAAGCAUGUGCACUUUUUGGAGAGUUUUAUUCAUUUGUACAACAUAAAAAAUCAUUCAAAUGUAUUUACCAAGAGCCUUAUUUGGGCGUACAUGCUAUUGCCUGUCGUAAAGGAUCAUGUAUUUUACGUAUGCUCUCUCAUUGUCUUUCCGAAGAAGUCUUUCAUAAAGGAAUCGUAACCUAUCUCAAUACAUUCCAGUACGACACAUCCACACCUGAUCGAUUGUGGAAAAUAUUCGAGGAAACGAUGAAACCGGAAAAAAUUAAUAUCAAAGAAAUGAUGGAUACAUGGGUAAAACAUAAAGGAUAUCCUCUUGUAACGGCAAAACGAGAUCGUAAUACUGGUGUGAUAAUUGUAACACAAGAACGUUUUAAACAAUUUAAUAGUGACGACGAGGAAGAUGAUGAAGUUGAUGAUAACGAUGAUGAUAAUGACGAUAAUGCAAAGUGGUGGAUACCCAUUAAUUAUACAAGCAAAAGUGAAGCAAAUUUUUCCUCAACUUUACCAACGCAUUGGUUAAAGCCAAAAGAUGAGAAUUUGACGAUCGAUAAUGUCAAUGCGAACGAUUGGUUCAUUUUUAAUGUACAACAAACGGGCUAUUACCGAGUUAAUUAUGACAAGGAUAAUUGGAUGAAAAUCGCUGAGUAUUUGGAUUCGGAAAAUUACAUAAAGAUUCACCCUUUGAAUCGUGCUCAAAUUAUCGAUGAUUCAUGUUAUAUGGUUCGAACGAAACGUUUAAAACCAAUUAUUUUCUUGGAAAUUAUAAAAUAUUUAUCUCGUGAAACGGAUUAUAUACCUUGGUAUUCAGCAUUUAGAGCUUUUCGAACGUUUCAAGAUUAUUUCACAUUUCCAAAAAGUGCUGUCUUCCUUAAGCCUUACGCUCUAGAAUUGAUCGAUGGUCUUUUACGGAAUGUUGGUUAUGAUGAAAAUUCAAACGAUGAUCACUUAACGAAAUUAAAAAGAGUCGAAGUUCUUGAAUUGGCCAGCGAUCUUGGACAUUUGGAAUGUAGAAAGGUUGCGAAUGCGAAAUUGGUCGCAUAUAUAGAGGAUCCUGAUUCAAAUCCUAUAUCUUCUAAUUUAAAUACAUGGGUAUUUACUAAUGGGAUGAGAGAAGCUGACGAAAUACUAUUUAAUAAAUUUCUUAAGAGGUAUAAGAAUAAUCCAAGCUUUCCAACGUUUCGCUACUUAAGUAGUGUCGAAGAUCCUGUGUUAGUCGAGAAGCUAUUAAAAUUAACGUUAACUGAUGAUUCACCGAUUUCGAAGGACGAUCGAGUAGAGCUUUACCGUUCUGUCAUGUACACGAGUGUUAAGAAUGUAAACACCACUAUAGAUUUUAUUGUAGAUAAUUGGAAACAAAUAAGUGCAAGAAUCGAAGAUGCAGAUGAGAUAAUUGAUGAUGUCGUGGGUGAAAUUAUUUCCUGGGAUCAAUUUCACAAGGUAAAAUUGUUUAUGAAAGCGAACGGACUGAACGGAAAGCGAAGCAUAGAUGAUGUGGAAACGUUUUUGAAAAAAGCAGAGGAACAUACAUCUGAAAUUUUUAGGUGGAUGAAAAUGCAAAGUUCAUUACAAAAUGUCGAUGAAAAAUUAGAAAAUUUGCAUUUUACGAAUGUACAAAACAUAUGAAAUACAAAUUUUAAAAUACA